AACAGGCAUAAUUCUUGAUCGAUUUUGAUGAACGGCUCUCAUUUUAAAGUUUAAUCCAUGACCAUACUUUUUCAAAUUUUUCAAGAAGCUUUACUUUUUCUUCGAAAAAAUCGUGUUAAAAAAUAGCGUUUCUUUGAAAAUAGUUUAUGCAUGAAAAUAAAGUUUCUUUUUUUUUUACAUUCCUAAACUAAACUUUUGUCUUUAAAAUUGUUCAAACCUUGUUCAUCAAAAUCGAUCAAGAAUUACGUCCGUUCUCAUAGUUUCUUAUCGUCCGUUAUAAAAUCAGGAGUGAUGAAUGGCCUUAAUACUAAGAAAAAAGGAUCAGAAAAGAAGAGAAAUAGAGAAAAAGAAAGAGAGAAAGAGAGAGAGUAAAAACGAGAAGUAAAACAUAAAAAGUAAUUUGUGAAAAUACAAUAACAAAGUUUAUAAAUAAUGUUAAUUAACAAUAUGAUAUAUGAAUAAUGGAAAAUCAAUAAUGGAAAAUCGUUGAUCAAAAAGAUCGUUAACUAUCGUCGUUUUAUGAAGAAUUAUUACAUUAAUAUUCUAAAGUGGUUAGAGUCGAUGAUGAUUUACGGAUACAAAUAGAGGCCAAGGAGAUCUUCGAGGGCGGUUCGAUCUUCAAGACAGUUUGUCUUCUCUUCUCGACGUGCUGACAUUUUAAUACUUCACGAAGUUCGAGUUCUUCUCGCGUGUGCAAUGAAAAUAAUAAGAAAUAAGCAAAUGAAAAGAGAAUACGAAAAAAUGAACGAAUGAACGAACGAACGAACGAAUUUAUAGCUUAAAUGUUAAUACAUCUCUUUAUAAAGAAAAAAGUGAAACGAAAAUCUUUCGUGAGAAUUAUUUUAAUUAAGUGUUCUAACAUACAUACGUCGAUCAGUUAUUUGAAAUUGUGUCCUUGAAUUUCUUCGACUUAUUCGUAUAUCAAAUCUUUUGAAUCGACCUGGAUUUUCGAUCGUCAUCUAUUACAUAUUCCAUUCAUUGUACGAUAACAAAAGAAAAGAAAAAAAAAACGAGGUAAAAAGGAUCGAAUCGUGGGAAUUAUUUCGUCCAUCUUGUUCUGUCGAGACGAUAUCGAUAUCGAUUAAUUUAAUAUCGAUAUCGAAUUAAAUGGAUAAUUGAAAAUUGUCUAUAUUAGAGAAGAACGUCCUUCGAUGAUCCUUUAUUUCGACGAUGAAAGUGCAUUCUGAAUUUUGGUCGUUGACUAUCGUACUUCCACCGGAAGUCUUAUCAUCUUCGUUUGAGGGUGCCACCGUUCCUCGGGAUAUCGGCUGGCCUUUCUUAGGGAGGCGGUCUGCCGAAAUAACGGUGAAUAGCGAGGAACAGAAUGCAGUGUUCGUGCGAAUCACUGAAGAUGCCACCUUACCAACAAGCAUUGAGCCGCCCAAUGAUGAUGCCAUUUUAUUAUCUGAGAAACCGGAAGCAGCAUCCACGAGACGUUUGUCGGACGUCGACCGAAUCUUAUUGGAUAGCUUGGAUGUUACACGAUCCAGGAUAAAACGUACCGGCAAAUUUUUAACGAUGCAUAAAAGACGACGUAAAAGGCUCGUUACAAGAUCUCUCAAUCAAGAACCGGCUAUAUUGGAUGACAUUUUUCAUGGUUUAGUACAGUGUAUUUUGCAAAAAGCCGGAAACUGGCGAUUUAACGCUUUCACGUUGGAAACAGUGACGGGUGGACGUUCUUUGCCAGUAUUAUGCGUUCAUUUAUUUCAUUGGUACGGGCUCCUUGAAUAUUUUAAUUUAGAUGUCGUUACGGUGUGGAAACUCUUCGCUUUUAUCGAAGAGGGUUAUCACAGUACAAAUCCUUACCACAACAGUAUACACGCAACGGAUGUGACUCAGGCGAUGCAUUGUUUCCUCCAAGAGGAAAAAAUCAGAACGCACUUAACCCAUUUAGAAAUUAUGGCUUCCUUGAUAGCUGCGGUAACGCACGAUUUGGAUCACCCAGGUGUUAAUCAACCGUUCCUAGUCGCAACGAGUAAUCAUCUAGCUGCAUUAUAUCAGAAUACGUCGGUUCUGGAGAAUCAUCACUGGAGGUCCGCCAUCGGAUGUCUUAUAGAAAGCGGUGUUUACGAUCAAUUACCAGGUGAAGUAAAAUCGGAACUUCAACGUCAUAUCAGUUCGUUGAUUUUGGCUACGGAUAUCACGAGGCAACAGGAGUUCCUUACAAGUUUCAGGCAUUAUCUGGAUGAAAAUAUUCUUGAUAUGAAGAAAUGCGAGGAUCGUCACUUCAUAUUGCAGAUAGCUUUAAAAUGUGCCGAUAUAUCGAAUCCAUGUAGGCCCUGGGAUAUAUCAAGAAAAUGGUCUUACAAAGUUUGCGAAGAAUUCUUUCGACAAGGUGAUUACGAACGUCGCCUGAAUUUACCAGUAACGCCAUUGUGUGAUCGACACUCGACGAGUAUUCCAAAGAUUCAAGCUGGAUUUUUCAAAUUCGUCGUUACACCUCUUUACGAAGAAUGGCAUCGUUUUCUUGGUGACGGUUUAAGCGUUUCCUUGAUGGAAUACUUACGUAGUAAUCAGAAAAAAUGGGAAACUCUUAUAGCCCAAGAAACGGCCGAAGAUACGGAAACAGAAAUUUCGGAAUUGGAGGAAGUAGAUAUUAUUAGUUCUGCGGAAGAAAUCCCCGCGGAUGAUGAUUCAGGAAGCGUAGAUAUAUUGAUUCCAGGGGCAUACAUGCAAGGUGCUAAAAGGUCCAGUUUACCAGGAAAAACGAUGUUCGGUCGAGUCGGUAGACGUCAUUCAGUACCGCUUAGCGUAACGAAACCGUUAUCGUUAUCGAUUCGAAAUGCAGAUAGAAGAGAUAGUUUUCCAAACGAACAGGGUAAAUCGAAGAAUCAUUCGAUCAAAUUGAAGGAACAGAAUCUUUUGGAACCAAGUACGUUGUCAUUGUUAUCUUCUAAAACGAGUAUUCUCGGAGAAUCGUCGGAGAAAUCAACAGUCGUUGCUGAGAGACCGGUCAGCGCUGAGAAUCUUUUACCAGAGCCUAGUAUAGCUAGUAUAACCAAUAGUACCGAAGCAUCGAGAUUAAGUACGGUCCUUCAGUCAGACAAUCAGAAAGCUGGUACGCAAACGAAACAAUUAACGAGACAACAAACCUUCCCGCCAUUGCAACCUUACGCCAGAAUGAGAUAUAUGUCGACAACGGCAGAAUUGUCUCAAUGUUACACCCAGGUUUUAAUGGAGGCCGAUAGUAUUUCCAGUUCUUCUUCGAGUCCUACGAAAGAUAAAUCUUGUUCCGGUGGUCGUUGUGGAACACCUCCCAUGUUAGAAACGGAUACAAUUUUCCUUAAGAAAUCAGCUAAUAUCAAGUCAUCGAGGGAAUCUCUUUCCUCCGAAAUAUUAUGCAGAAAAAGAACGUCCACUUUCGCGGAAUUAAAUAGACAAAAAUUAGAGUCUAGUCUUAGCGCUGAACAUCCACGGCGUCACUCCAUGCAAAUCGUUCGUAACGACGAAGCUAAUUCGAAGCAUCGACAUAAACGACCAUCUUCGGCUCAGGGAUCUGACUCUACCGAAGUUUUUUAUGCUUCUUUAACUGGCUCCCACAGCAAUAAGGAUUCGACUAGUGAUAUACAAAAGGUAGAAUCCAACAUCGAGAUUAAACCUAGUUCGACCAAGUUACCGUCUGAUGAAAUACGAACUAUUUUGGCAAGCAAAGUAUCGGAACAGUAUACGUUAGCCCAUCAUAUUAAAAUUAAGAACACGGAUUCGGAAUUACGUAGAUAUUCAACGCCUGUAACCGAAUCCAAACCGUUGACUGACAAUACCGGUAGACGAUUCACUACGAUACCUGUGUCUUCUGAACUUAGCACUCAUAAAUUUUUCAUCGGCAGUCCUCCCGAUUCUCCUCCACGGGUUCAAAGUGUAUCCUCAUCGAGCGAUAGUGGUAGUGAACCGAGAAAAAGUAUCGGUGAUUCGACUGGUGACAGUGUAAUCGCAACUAAUAAAAAGGAUUCUGAUUAUGUGAGGGAGAAAGUUUUCAAGAUCGCCAAGCUAAGUUUUGAUGUGCAAAUGAAAGAGAACGUCGAUCCACGAGGCUUCGAGGAAUCCACUAAAAAUAUCGCUUUAUCUCGAAGAAAUAGUCAGGGCUGGGAAAAGAGACGUGGAUCGGCUCCAGUUGCGUUAUUAUCAAGACUAGAUGAUUUUACAAUGACUUCUAUGCCACAAAAAGUAGACCAUAGUUGCAGACGUGGUUCCGUACCAGCCGACAUUACUAGGCAUCAAGAUAAUUUAACAAAAGGAGGAUUCAAUCGUUUAGCAUUGGGACCACGAGAAGAAAAUCUUCCCGCACCCAGAAGAGCUAGUCUUCCGCAGGAAGCUGCAUUGAGGAAUAUUCUUGGCAAUAUGUUUUCUUUACCCAAUGAAAGAGAAAAUUUCCCAUUGAUCAAUAACAAUAAUAACAAUAACAAUAAUACAGAAAGUAGUAACAAUAAUGGAACGAACAGAGCAUUUGAUAGUACUGCUUCUGCUGGUAUGCCAUCACCUAGGAGAGGUUCCAUACCAGCAGAUAUAUCCGAGUUACGACGAGAAUUAUUUAGCAAGAGUAAUGUCAAUGGGAAACCUCGUAACCGGAAGAAAGUCUUAAAGAGAAGAAGUAGCGGUGGACCAGAGAUGUUCGCAGGAGGUAUCGUCGAAGGAAAUGACAUUGGAACGUCCCAUAAAUGGAAGAGAGAACUUGGAAAGAGAGAUUCUAUUCCUGAACCACUCGUAAAACGACGAGGUUCUCUGCCUAUAGAGAUGGUUGCCGCUUCUCAUGCUGGAUCAGCAUCAGGAGCCCGAAGAUCCAGCCUCUGGAGGCUUUAGCUUACGGUAGAAAAGGAAGAAUCAACGAUGGUACCAACAUCAACAUCAAUCGACGACACGAUGCAACUCUUUCUACAAAGUACCAGUACCCCGCUGGUAACACUUGGUUCUUGAAUUGAAAGAUCGGAAAGAAGCAAGUUCUGACCUAUGACGUGAACAUGGGCAAGUGCAAGUUAUAUAAACUCAGCCAAAAUUUCAACGUUAGUUCUUACGCAGAAAAAAGGCUUUAACGGCAUUAUAUUUUCAUUGUGUGUGAAAAAUUAUAAUGAUGAUCGUAUUGAAGUUAUAAUAAUCGUUACACGCGAUAUUACUUUUCCUUACUUUACCUACUUAAAUAAAUCAAAAGCAUACGUUUUAACGUUUAUCGGUUUCAAGUAUUACAUAUAUUUGCAUAUUGUUAAGAUUUAACAUUGAAAAUAUGAAGUAUCAAAUUAGAGAGAAAUACGAUCAUAAAGAUGACUGAACAAAGGAAGAAAAUAACGAGUGAUAAUAUAUUGAAGUCUUCCCUGCGCCUAUAUGGGAGAAAUGUAAAAAAAGAGAGAGAGAGAGAGAGAGAGAGAGAGAGAAAGAAAAUAUGUUCUCACUAAGAAAACAGUGGUAACAUAAUGUGCGUGCCACAUUAAUUUGUGCCAUAUGUCAAAUUUUGUUAAGAUACGCUAUAUGAAUCUGGCGAAAAAACUUAGUGCGCCCGCGCAGCUAAAGUCAAAUAUGAUAUGCUCGUGUGUUUACUAAGAAUUUAAAAUAAAAUUAUACACAGUCAUACACAGGGUUCAAUAUGACGAUUUUAAUAAUAAAAAGCCUAGAUAUGGAGAAGAAGAAAAGACUGGUAGAGAAACUCUCGACGCUAUAGAAAUAGACGAUUAAAGAAAGAUUUAGAUUGAGAAAAGCGAAGCGCGAUAUCUUCGUUCAUUAUAGUUAGAUAACUUUUAAUUAUAAAAAAAAAAAUAAUAAUUCUGCAAAAAGCCGAGUAAUAUUAUUCAUAUUCAUGAUUAGUUCGAAUAAUUAAUUUAAUUACUUCAUUUAAUUCUUUGGCGAGAUUUGAAAUUAUAAAUUCUUUCACUAUUAAUACAUAUAUGUAUAUUAAAAUUAAAUCACGCACGAGAGGCAAGUUCAUCUUAUUUCUUAUAAUUGAAAGGUAGCAUCUAACAUAAAAAAAAAAAAACAAGCUAUUUGAGCUGGUUUUAAUAGGCAUAUACUCAAUUUGGGAAAAAAAUUUCCUUUUAUCAUCCAAAUGAUGAAAAUAGAAAAGGUGGUAGACAUUCCGCUGGAAAUAUACAUUGUUCCGAAGUAGUAUACAUUGUAAAAAGUAUAUUUAAGAGUCAACUAUGCUAAUUAUUAGCUAUAACUAUACUACAUUAUCUUCAUUGAUUUCCUCAUUUUCAUUGUCAUAAUUUCAUCAUUAUUGUAAUUACAGACAGUAUCUUGAAGAUGUUCGUGUAGAUAGAUAUUUGAAGUAUAGAUUAUAGUGAGACAAAUAUGAUUCAUCUUAACAUUAAUUAGCAAAUUAUUGUUUUGAUGAUUUCUUAGCAAUAAAAAAAGAAAAUGUUAUCAAUGUUAAAUCUGCAGUACAUGAAUUAAGUAUAAUAUAUGACAAGCAAAAUGUUUGUAAAAUUGACCUUGAAGCAUUAAAUUUUUUAGUACAAAUUACAUUAACCAUAGCAUGAUGAAAUUACAGUUAAAUUGCCCUUAUAUACCUAUGUGUCUGCAUAAGAUUAUUUUAGAAAUUUUUUUAUUAACAAUGGUUAAUAUAACUAUUAUAUAGUGUAGCUGUUAUAAACAAUCAUGAGUAAACAAAAAUUACACCAAAGAGAACUUGAACUCUCUUCGUGUACUGCUAUAACCUGCCAUUCUUCGAAUUGUCUGAAAGUAAAGUAACUAUACUAUUACAUCACUGAAAUUCAGUGAAAUACAUUUUAUGAAUUAAUGACUAAUCAAACUAAUAAUUGCUAUAAUCAUUGACCUAUACAAUAAGUAGAAUAUCCAUUUCCCAAAAUAAAAUCUUACAAGGCUUAGCUGAUCUUCUCUAAUAAAAUGUUCAUUCUGUUUUGAUGCAAAGUCUGCUAAUGCUUUUGAUGUACCUUACCUUAGAUGCAAAAAGUUCAUGUUAUUAGAAAAAAUGACUACAUUUUAUUGGAAUAAAUUUCUUUUGAUUUAUCCUUGCUUGCUCUCAUAUAGACUUUUAAUUUUUUCAUUGUUAAUGUAGCAUGGUCAGACAUUGCAUCAAUGAGUGAUAGCAGUAACACACAUUAACAUUUAAAUAUACUAUAAUACUACUAGUCUUUCAAAUAUCGAACUAACAUUAUAUGUAUAUGAUAUACAUGAAGAAAGCAAGAGAAAGCAUGGAUAAAAAUUUCAUUGAAAAAAAUUCAUUUUCUAACUCUUAAGAUAUUUGUCUUAACCAAUAGACCAAUGAAAUGGGACUAACCAAAAAUUCAUUGUGGAAAUAAUUAAUUAAAGAUGCCUGGAGUAAAUAUGAGAUCUAUACAUGACCACCAUUCUGUCCAAUUACUACUUUUUGAAAAUUUUAUGCCAUAUAGAUAUACAAAUUACCCUCUAUGGUAUAUAAUUAUCUUCCCAUUUCAGCAUCACAUAACAAAUUUCAUAAGGAAGAAAAUGCCAAGAAUUUCUUUUAUUACCAAAAAAAAAAAAAAGCAUUGUGCACACCAUUUUCUAUGAUCAAAUCAUAAUAAAUUGUGUCAUGCAUAUGCGAAGACAUAUGCAUACAAUAUGUUUUAUUUGUAAUUACAAAUUUGGUAUAACCCUUUACAUUUAUAUAAAUAAUUUAUGUCAAAUGUAUCGUGUCCAUCCUUAUUAUAAAAUUAUAUAAAUAUGUGAAUAUUACCAUUACAAUAAUGAAUUUUGUAUACAACAGUGCACAUAAAUUUUACAAUUCGAAAAAUAGCAUUAUCUAUGUCUCAUUGUUCAAGUGUUCCGACUAAUUGCUAUCAAAUAAUAAUCUUGUUUCCUGUAAUUUUCUUGUCAAAGAAUGAUCAUUUAGUUAUAUAAGAUAGUUUAAUCAUAUUGCUGGAUCAAACUUUCAGCAAAUGUUUUGUGAAGACUGUAUACGAUACUGAGUAAAUGCAUAUAAGUUCUAAAUUAACUAUUUUAUAUCUGUCAGAUUUUAAUUUACUAAGUAUAGUGACAAUUGUUUAUGGUUUUUUUUUUUUUUUUUUUUUUUUUAAUAGAAAUAGACUAUGCAAACUAGACUUGGAAUUAUUUGGUGAGCAAACUUUUACAUUAUUCCAUAUAACAGUUGAAAUUAAUUGGACAAACAUAUUUUACUAAUAUAAUCAUUUCUAAAGAAUUAUAAAAAUAUUACUUUGGCACUCAAUAAAAAUCAGACGGUAUUUUGAGACAUCGUUAAAAUCGUUACAUACACAUUGAUAAAUACAGUUUAUAAAUAAAUCUCAUAAACCAAAUAAAUUACUCUAUACAUAACUCAAAUGAUGCUCUGUGCAUAGUUAUUGGUGUUUUCAUAAUAUUUAUUGCUAUAAAACUACUCAUUGAAGGGGGACAAAAUUUAUAUACGAUUUGCAGUAUUCGAAAAGUCAAUUAACAAAAAACAAUUUGUAUGUAAUGAGUUUGUUGGGCAACCAGAAAGUCACUAUGUAUUUUCUAUAAUGUUAAUUGUAGAUAGCUAAUAAGUUAAAUGCAAUUAACGAAUGCGUUCUUAUAUUAUUAUUCAUAAUUAAAUUGUAAUAUCAUUACAAUAAACACAAGUCACAAGACUUACGUAAGAA